UGAUGUCUGGUGUAGUCCGUUUGUUCUUCUCUUAUUAUAAAAGGAAAGUUGUAAAAAUUGUUUAAACGCUAUGGGUAUUUCAUGUAAAAACUGUGGGGGUAUUGAAAUUGACAAUGAUCCAGCACGAGGAGAUUCAGUAUGUGUUAGCUGUGGAUCUGUAGUAGAAAGCUUGUGUAUUGUAAAUGAUAUAGAAUUCCAUGAAAAUAGUGCAGGAAGUUCUUCAGUUAUUGGUCAAUUUGUCUCUUCAGAAGGUCAAAAUCGUGUAGGAUCUUACAGCAAAUUUGGUGUUGGACAAGAUCACAGACAAGUUGCUCUUGAAAAUGGCAAACAAUUAAUUAAUAAUUAUGGAGGACAAAUUAAAAUGAGUCACCAUUGUCUUGAUUCAGCAUAUAUGUUUUUUAAAAUGGCUGCUAGUAAGCGAUUUACAGUUGGGCGCAAAACAAUAUAUGUUGUUGGAGCCUGUUUGUAUUUGGUAUCAAGGACAGAGAAAACUCCACACAUGUUGCUUGAUAUUUGUGAUGCAAUUCAGUGUGAUAUCGUUGUUUUGGGUCGAGUUUUUUUAGCUCUUGCAAGAACUCUUUGUAUCGACUGCCCUAUUGUUGAUCCCAGCCUCUACAUACAUCGAUUUGCUCAUCAACUUGAUUUUGGCGAUAAAGAAAAUGAAGUUUCAAUGGCUGCACUCCGAAUUCUAGCUCGAAUGAAAAAAGAUUGGAUACAUUUAGGCAGGAGACCAUCAGCUUUAUGUGGAGCAGCAUUGAUUAUAGCUGGAAAGCUUUUCAACUUUAAUGUUACAAUGGAUGAUAUUGUAAAGUUGGUCAGAAUGAGCAAGACAACAGUUUUUAAACGACUUAUGGACUUUAGUAAAACAGCUACUGGUAAACUUACAACGGAUGAGUUCAAAAGAGUCGAUCUAGAGGAGGAGGCUGAUCCUCCAUGUUAUACUUAUGGCAAAAAACGAAUACAGUUUGCUCAAGAAAUAGACAAAAAGCAUAAUUUUGUAUCAAGUUACCUUUUAUCACAGGUUGUAAAAACUCAACGUCGGCUAGAAGUUUUAUUAGAAAAACGCCAUAACAUUAACAGUGAAAUUGAAAAAGUGUUGCCUGAGUCAAAAGCAUUCGUAUAUCAAAAGCAACUCCCUUCUUAUUGUUCAUUACACAAGUAUGAGUUAGACGAAAAGGGUGAGUUUAAAGUGCCGCAUUUCGUUAUCCAUGAAGAGCCAGAUGACAUUUUAAAAGAAGAAGUAAAGACAGUUGCAAGCAACACAUUGUUGCUAGAUCAAUGUGUGACUAAAGUAGAAGAUAUGUCAACAAAGUCUGGUGAGUGCAACCUAGUAUCGGCAAAGUCUGAGAAGAACAUAGGAGAUAUAAAUUGCGAUGAAAUUGAUUUGGAAGGUAUUGAUGAUGAAGAAAUAGAGGAAUUGCUAUUGACAGAGGAUGAAAUUAAAAUUAAAACUGAAAUUUGGCUAGAAGAAAAUAAAGAGUAUCUUCAAAAAAUGAAAGAAAAAGAAGAAGAUCUUCGAAUGAAAGAAGAAGAGGAGAACAAACUAGGAAAUAAGAAAAAAAAAAAAGCCAGAAAGAAACCUCGUGAUCGACCAAUCGCUGGUACAGCCGACGAGGCCAUACAAACAAUGUUAGCAGAGAAAAAAAUAUCUUCAAAAAUAAAUUACGAUGUCUUACGGGGACUUAAGUCAGAAACUGUAGACGAAUGUCAUCAGGUCAGUAAACCUGAAACGAUUUCCGUUGGUGACAACUUCGAUAUUAAACCUCAGCUUCUUUCUGCUGUCGCCGACAGUGAGAAAAGACUUUUGUCAAAAGAUAUGCCUAUUGUUUACGAAACUGGUUUGCAAAGAAACAAAACUAGUUUUACUUCAAGUCUUGAAUCAAUACACAGCGCAAGCAAACGGAUAAAGUUGGAAGUGAAAUCCGAUGAAACAGAAAAAAAAGAAAUUCUUGAAGAGUUUGCUGGCGAAGAAGAAGAAGACGACGAGCCAGAAGACCUUGUAACAGCUUCCUCAAUUUUUGCUAAAGAAGUUGACGACUAUGAUCACAAUGCGUAUGACGAAGACGCAGAUGCAUUUUACUGAAAUAUUUAAAGUCGUCACUCGUGGUUUUAUCUUUAAAAUUUCAUUUUAAUGACGUUUUUAAUGUAUAAUAUACGCUCUAUGAUGAAAAAUCGUCAUUUUAAUGACGUUUUUAAUUUAGAGUACAGUAUACCUAAUAAUGACAAUGUGCUAUUUUUAUAAUGUAGAGUAUUAUACAUUCUAUGACGACAAAUAUUCUAUUUUAAUGACGUAGAGCCGAUUCGUCAGGUUCUAUUCCGAUGACGUUUUAAUGAACAACUGAUGACGGAGAUGCCAACUUUAUUUUCGGACAACACGUAACGUACUUUAGUAACGUUUUACUUUUUAAAGAUGUUUUUAUUAAA